AUGCCUUCGCCGGAAAACGACAUGCGGGGGAUACCAAGCAGAGUUUCGGUGGAGGGAGUUCGAGAAGCCCGGGGCAAACAGUACUUCGUCAGUAAGCAGACUGAUACUUUCCUGGCUCAUGAUGGUAGAGGAGGACAACCCAGGUCGGACCGGGCUCAUACUGGAUCGCGAGCUUUCCACUUAGACGAACCCGAACUCCCAGGGAGACGUGAGUCUGACGACUAUGACUAUGGAGUCAUAAGCUGUCUAAUCAGCCCAUCCGAAUUUCCGCCACGAGAUCUUGUCUUCCAGCAGUCUCAUACUGCCCAAACUCCAUUUGAUCUAGGGUCUCGAUACGAGUUUGUUGACUGCGGGACCGACUUUGAUGGUCCCCAGAUCCAUGAUCUCUCAUUGGAGAUGUCCUUCGAUGUAUCCGAAGAUCUGGACGACCUCUACGAAAUUCUUGCCGGUAUUGAUUCCUACGAAGCGCCAGCAGUCCACCACAAUGCCUCGCAGUCAGAUUGCCCAACAAUACCUGGCGGUAUCAUAACAGGGUCACUUAACAAUGAACCAUCACAAUUGUCGUGUGUCAACUUACCGAAUGAAGAUAUCUCCUUAUCGCCAGGGCUGCAUACAGAUACUUUACAACUUGUUGAAGGAACGACAGCAUUUCAGAGAGAUGUUGAGUUUGGAGAAAUAAAUAUUGAAGCUGAUGACUCUCCAUCAAGUUCAAGGAGUCAUCCCAGGUCGCCUCUUUACAGGGUUCCUCAGCUCGCUAGCGACUCUCCAGAGAAUAUUUCCGUGCUUUUCGAUCGCCGCAUAUGCGAGGUUUUAUGCAUCAAAGACACUGCAACCGGAAAUCCAUGGCGAAUGAUCGUCUGGCCCCUGGCCAAGGAGCACACUGCGCUUUAUCACGCACUUGCUGCCAUGACGUGCUUUCAGGGGUUCAAUAAUCUCCCUCAACAUCGCGCCAUAGGAUUAAGGCACCUCAAAUAUGCAGUUAAACAGCUCACAGUCAUGGAAACUAGCGAUUGCAAACCUGAAGCUACCAUUAGUACGGCGCUGGCCGUGAGCCUAGCUCAGGCCUGGUGCCAUCCUCGAUCUUCUACUACCACGAGUUACAUACGGAAAGGAGCCGAGCUUCUUCGAAAGGCGCUAAUAGACCAUCAGUCUUCUCGGCGUCCCAGAGAUGAGUUGAUUGGGUUAGGAUUUCUUUCAAAUACCUGGAUAUACAUUGAUACCAUAACGCGCGUUACAUGUCAUGACGGAUACGUCAUGGAUUUACCGCUCAUGUCGGAUUGCAGCUUAUUCAGCUCUAAAUCUUUAGGUGCGACGGUAGAUCCUCUCAUGGGAUGCGCUGGGCCACUAUUUCCUCUUCUCGGCGGCGUAGCUGAUCUGGUCAACCGCGUUCGGCAAAGGCAUGAAAAGCUUAACUCGCCAGCAAUUGUCUCCGAGGCAGUCCGCCUCAAAACUUCAAUUGAGCGAUGGGAACCCUCUACUGAAUUGGACCAAGACCCCCACGAUACUCAACUGUCUUCGAGCACGAUUGAUUUGAUACAAACAGCUAAUGCGUACAAGUGGGCAACUUUGCUGUUUCUUCACCAGGCAGUGCCAGAGCUUCCGAGACAGGUUUCGUUACAGGACAUGACCAGAAAGGUCCUGACCCUUAUAGCAACUGUCCCAGUAGACUCUCAUGCAGCCAUAUUUCCCGUAAUGCCACUGAUGAUUGCGGGGUGCGAGGCUACAGAGACAGAGGAUCGGACCUGGGUAUCUGACAGGUGGCGAGUUCUAGGUUCUCGACUUACCUCGGGACUUGUCAACAGAUGUUUAGAGAUUACAGAAGAGGCUUGGAAGAGGUGUGACAGGUCUUCUAAAGAAAAUCGUACUGAAACGGCUUCCUCUAUCCCGUCAUGCUCGACGGUGAAGAGCGAGAUACACUGGAUGACUGUCAUGAAGGACUGGGGCUGGAAAGUAAAGAAAUGA